UGGCAACACCGCCGAAUGCAGCAACCAUGGCUUCUCGCCACGUCGAUAUUGAUCCAGAUGGAGACACUUUGAUCAUUCUCCCCAGAGUCAAGGCCGAAGGCGACAGCGGGGCAUCCCAAGUGACGUUCAAAGUGUCCAUGAAGCAUCUCACUUUAGCAUCAUCCCGUGCAAAAAAGGUGCUUCAGGGAUGCUUCAGUGAGGCAACACCACAGGGGUCGGAUGGGCUUCGCCACUGGAAGUUCGAUCCCAUGUUCGAUCCCGACGCUUUUGAGAUUGUUCUGCGCAUCCUUCAUGCACAAGCCCACGAGCUCCCGAAGGAAAUCCCACUCGCCACGAUGACACAGGUUGCCGUUAUUGCUGAUGACUUGCUAUGCAGCAGCCCGAUUGCACCUUUCGUUCCACAGUGGAGUUCAAAUGACGACUUUUGGGCAGCAUCAGUACAAUUCAGUGCGACAAUCGAGAAGAUUUUCAUAUGUUUCGUAUUUGGGCUGAAGGAGAAGUUCACUUCAAUGACCCACAGAGCGAUAAUGAAGUCGAUUGACCAGAAGAAUGUUUACGACGUCCCUCUUUGUCCAACGAUCCUCCAAGCUAUAAAAGACCAACGAGCCUUCGUAUUAAAGCAGCAUUUAAAGUAUCUAUAUAUCGUGGAAUGAGUUGGAAGACGAUAAGCUUUGUUGGGAAUGCAGAGCAGAGAACAUUGGCUAUCUCAAAUACAACCUACAUCUACACCAGCUCCCAGCAUUAGAAUCGUCAGAGCUGUGGGCUGAUAUUACAUGCAAUGAGCUGAAGGACAAGAUGAAAAAGUUCAAAUAUGCGAAAAAUCCCGGAUGUGGCUCCUCUGGACCUGACCACCCUUCAUUGAAGAAGCAUAUUUCGAGAGCCUUGAGGAUAUUUUCGUCUCCUGAGAAGGGACUAGAUCUUGCUUCAUUUCCGAAGACUUCACCUUAACAGGUAUCAAUCUUUAUGCGGCAGAUUGUGAUACAACACUACUGGGAAACAAGGACGAGAAAUCAAGGACAGGAAAACAAGGGCUGGGAAACAAGGGCUGGGAAACAAGAGAAAUCUUUCGCUAGAAUAACAAUAGUCCAAUCAACUAAGCGUCGU